GCGGAGAAGCGGGAGGAGAAACUGGAUCUGGGGAGCAAGCAAGCGGGGGGACGACGGAGGGCAGUGAUGGGCGAGCGAAGGUGGUGUGGCCGUUGGAUCGGGCUCGGCAGUUGGUGAAGCGCGUGGUGGGGUUCGUGACUUCGCGCGUGUCGUGGCUGGCGCGAUCCGGUUCUUUCGAAAGGGUGAAGAAGGCAGUGCUGUUUGUGCGCGAGGAGCUGACCACGCCGCCCGCCAAGCGCCUGGCCGCCAAGCGCAAGGCGGAAGCAGAGGCCAUGGCGGCCGCCGCCAAGGCGUUUGAGCCGUCGGAUCGCGUGGAUCUGACGGUGGUGAAGAGGAAGGUGCCGUGGUGGCGAGCGCGCAUUGAGAGUGUGCUGAAUAAGGUGAGGGGCCACUGGGUGGUGCAGCGAGUAUACGGCGUGCAGCACCACCCCAUCGUCACCAAGAGCAAGGAGGUGGUGGAUGACAUGAAGGACCGGUGGGAGACGAGUGACAGCCCUGUCGUGCACCGCAUUCAAGAUUUGAACGAUUCCAUCUUUGGGGAGACAGCCACAGCCAUGGCUGUGAAGGAAAUCAGACGCAGAGACCCUGACUUCUCUCUCCCGGACUUCAUUCACGAGGUGCAAGAGGACGUGCUGCCUGUGCUCAACGCUUACAUGCAUGGCGACCUAGCAGCGCUCAAGGCGCGGUGUCGCAAGGAGGUGGUGGAGCGGUGCCGGGCUGAGCGCUCAGCCAUGCUCGCACAGGGCCUGCACGCGCACCACCGGAUCCUGCACCACUCAGACGUGGAGGUGCGGGAGGUGAAGCUGGUGGGCAACGACCCCGUCAUUAUCCUCCAUUUUACAUCACAACAGAUCUUCUGCUUAAUGGACAAACAGGGGAAGGUGCACGAAGGGGGCAAGGACAACAUAAUGACCAUGUUCCAUGCGUGGGCCAUGCAGCAGGCAUCGAUGGAGGAUCUUGCAGAGGAUCCCAGUGAGCCCAAGUGGCGCUUGAGAGAGAUGCAGCAGAUGGGCAUGCAAGCUCUCAUUUAA